UACUACUCUUUGAUUAUUUCGGCCUCUGGGGUUAAAAAAUCGAGUACCUAAUUAUUACCUGAUAAUGAUAUAAUAUUUUUAAUAAUUGUGAUUCAUACUAUUAGCUCAAGUGCAUAUAACACCAUAGGAUUUUAAAAUUAUGAGCAAUCACAUACCAAUAGAAAUCGAUAUUAUACAUAAUAUUAUUAAUAGUGAACAAACACAUGAAGAGACCUUUCCUCAAACUGAAAUAGAUUGUGUUAAUGUUUUUGAUACAAGUUAUGGAAAUUUCUAUGCUAAAUAUAUGUUACACAAUUUACCCUGCUCAAUUAAAAAUGUGUCGAAUAAUUGGAAGUGCUCCAAGGAGUGGAUUAUAGAAGAUAGAAUAAAUUAUGACUAUUUUACACAAGAAUAUGGAGAACUAGAUGCACCUGUUGCAGAUUGCGAUCAAAUAAUAAACUUCAAUUCUCAAUGCAAAUGUAACAUGAAAGUUAAAGAUUAUAUGAGUUACUUAAGAACCCAAUACAAAGAAAAACUUUUGUACCUCAAAGAUUGGCACUUGAAAAGACUAACCAACGACCUGUUUUAUGAUGUUCCAAUGUUAUUUGCAUCAGACUGGCUCAAUGAAUAUGCCUUGGAUAACAAAGAGGAUGAUUUCAUGUUUGUUUAUAUUGGACCCAAAGAUACAUGGACACCUUUACAUGCUGAUGUUUAUUCAUCAUUCAGCUGGUCGGUCAAUGUUAUCGGCAGGAAGAAAUGGAUAAUGCUUCCACCAGGAGAAGAAGAUAAAUUAAAAGAUGCUUUUGGAAAUUUACCAUUUUUGUUUGAUCCAAAUAUACACAAAAAUGUAAAAUAUUUUGAAAUCAUCCAAGAAAGAGGGGAUGGAAUUUUUGUUCCCUCAGGAUGGCAUCAUCAAGUUUUCAAUGUGCUGGACACUAUUUCUAUAAAUCAUAAUUUUAUUAAUGCAUGCAAUGUUGAGUUAGUGUGGAGAGCAUUGCAAGAAAAUUUAGUUUCUGUAGAAAAAGAAAUUCAGGAAUUUAGAGAAACACCAGAUUUUACAUCACAGUGCCAACUGAUAUUAAAAUCAGUAUUUGGUAUGGAUUUUGCAUCAUUCAUAAAAUUCAUUAUCCACAUAGCGCAAAAAAGAAUAAAUCAUCUAGAAGGGAAAUUUUGUAAACUAUUUAACACUUACAGCUUACAGAAAAAUCAUGUGAUUUUUGAUCUGCACAAUAUAUUGAAAAUUAUAAAUUUCUUGGAAAACCACCCUUUAAAUUCAAAUGUUAUAUUGCAGUCCCUAGUUCCUCAACUAUUACAUAUAAAAAAUUCCAUAAAUAAAGUUUUGAAGUAAUAA